GCGGGCGGCAGGAGUGCUCCAUUGAGAGGCGCGGCUUCCGCCACCAGCUCGACUCGUGGCGACACAAGCUCCUUCACUGUGUAGAUCCAGUUUCUGAUCCUACUUCCACAUUUGGGAGUAUGCAAGGGACAAACACAUCUCCUUGCGUAGCUUGACUGGAUAUCCCAAGACUAGGAUGGAAAAUACCAUCUUCCAAAUGGAAAAGGACAAAAUCGGUGGGAAAAGACAUGUUCUUUUCAAGCUUCUAAGAGCAGUGACAAUGGAGAGAAAAAAUACUAUAAAAAGGUUUGAAAGUAUUCUAGAAGGGCUGUUUGGACCUGGAUUAUUAAAAGAUCUCAGUUUGUUUAAAGACUGUGAGCCCGAAGGUGUUUCUGAUUGGUCUUUUGAUGAAAAUUGUCUUUUCUGCUGCUUGAGAAGAGAAAAAGUGAAGGAACAUCUACUCAGUCUGGAUGAGCCAGCUUCAGAAGCUGGGCAAGAAGCUCUACUCAGACAAGAGCAAGCAAAAAUCAUUCGGUUUGAGAGGCAAGCAGAAGAGUUCCUCAAUGCGGUCUUUUACAGAAAAGACAGUCCUGGGGUCUCUGACCCCAAUAUUCCCCUAGUGGCCCGGGAGAUCAUGCAGCGAAUGAUCCGACAGUUUGCUGCUGAAUAUACCUCAAAAAAUAGCUCUACUCAGGACUCCAGCCAGCCCAAUAGCACAAAGAACCAAAGCCUGCUGAAAGCAUCUCUGGUCGCCUCCUCUCCCUCGGCUGCAACUGCUCAGAACCCUGUGCUCAGCAAACUUCUCAUGGCUGACCAAGACUCACCUCUGGACCUUACUGUCAGAAAGUCUCAGUCAGAACCUAGUGAACAAGACGGAGUGCUUGAUCUGUCCACUAAGAAAAGUCCUUGUGCCGGCAGCACCUCUCUGAGCCAUUCUCCAGCCAGCUCCAGUACUGCAGGGAAUGGGCGCCCUGGGAGAGCCAGCCAGCACCAUCCAGAGGGACUUCGGAGUGGUGAUGGGGUACCUCCAAGAAGCUUGCAAGAUGGAACCAGGGAAGCUUAUGGCCACUCCACAUCUCUUAAAGUUCCACUGGCUCGAUCACUACAGAUUAGCGAAGAACUGCUGAGCAGAAACCAGUUUUCUACAGCUGCCAGCCAUGGGCCAUCUGGACUGCAGAAUCAUGGACAGCACUUAAUAUUAUCCAGGGAGGCUUCUUGGGCAAAACCACACUAUGAAUUUAAUUUCAGCCGCAUGAAAUUCAGGGGAAAUGGUGCACUCAACAACAUCAGUGACCUUCCUUUUCUUACAGAAAACUCUGCCUUUCAAAAAAUGGCACUCCAUACUAAACAGGAUGGGAAAAAGGAUGUGAGCCAUUCAUCUCCUGUGGAUUUAAAGAUACCACAAGUUCGAGGCAUGGACCUUUCAUGGGAGUCCCGCACUGGUGACCAGUACAGCUAUAGCUCUUUGGUAAUGGGUUCACAAACGGAGAGCGCACUUAGUAAAAAGUUAAGGGCUAUCCUUCCAAAACAAAACAGGAGAAGUUUGCUGGAUGCUGGACCAGAUUCCUGGGGCUCAGAUGCUGAGCAGUCUACCUCUGGACAGCCAUAUCCCACCUCUGAUCAAGAGGGAGAUCCUGGCUCCAAGCAACCUAGGAAGAAAAGAGGGAGAUACAGACAGUACAACAGCGAGAUACUGGAGGAAGCAAUCUCUGUGGUUAUGAGUGGGAAAAUGAGUGUUUCCAAAGCUCAGAGUAUUUAUGGGAUUCCCCACAGUACACUGGAGUACAAAGUGAAAGAGAGGCUGGGCACUUUGAAAAACCCUCCAAAGAAAAAAAUGAAAUUAAUGAGGUCGGAGGGGCAGGAUGUUUCAAUAAAGAUGGAAUUAGAUCCCCAGGGAGAGGCAGCACAAAGUGCGAAUGAAUCAAAAGCUGAGUAGGGGUGUUAUAGAGUGCCAGUUACUUUACGGACUGGGUGAGCACUACUGCAUUGUUCAGCUACCGCUGAGUGCACCUGACUCCCCUCUGGUUACUGUGAUACUUGCUCCUUUGCAGUUUAGCAUGAGACUCUUGUGGGCGCAGGUGAAAGGUGUGCUCUGAAUAUUGCAUAGUUGUAAAUUUUCUGGCUCAGUAUGGCUCAGAUCUUUUUUUCUUUCUUUCUUUCUUCCUUUUGCAUGUUUCUCCAUUGUUCAUGGAGAAUUGAGUUACCUCACAAAGAAUGCAGUAGACUCCUUGCCUGUGGAGCCAGGACUUUUUUUUUUUUCCUUCAUAUUUGCCUUUCAAAACCAAGUCCACUUUGUGAAACUGAUUCUUUCUAAUGCCAGACAUUUUUGAAUGAGAAUCCAACUAUUUUUUAUAAUAAUUUGAAAAGCUUCACAAAUUCUUGAGAACUCUUUUUUCCCCCCUUCUUGGAUCCAGUUGAUUGAAGGAUUAAACUAACACAAGCUCUUUAGGAAUGGCAAAUCUCUUGAACUUGGAGAUGGGUAAUCAAUUGGGUCUAAUAAGGCUUUUGCCAUUUUCUUUCUAAAUUAAUUUACCAUUAGAAGUCUGCUUAGUGCUCACCCAGAGGGGAGGGAUGGGGAAACUUACAUACACUACCUUCAGAAUACUCUGGUUAACCACUUUGUAACACUACCUUCGCUGUAAUUUUGUUUCAUAUUUUACAAAGGUGAGAUUGACUCACCUGUUUGAGGAUGUAGCCUUAUCUCACGGAAGACAAGCUCCUUUUAGUCGGGAGCAGUCAGGGUACACUAAAUGAUGUAUUGGGGUAUGCCUCAUUUUAACAAAACUAUGGUUCUUUGUAACCUGUCACUUUUUACAGACUUGAUUCUGAGUUUACUAAACUGGGGUUCCAACAACUAGGUUAAAUGACUCUAAACUGGGGAGUGGGGGUACAUGUAACAAAUUGUUGUGAUCUUGCGUAAAACAAAACAGUGAUCUCAUGAACUUUACAACCUCUCUAGUCUGCCCAAAUAUCCACAUUAAUGAAGGAUCUGUGUUAACGUUCAGGGAAGAAAUAAAAACACACAGGUAGCCUGAUCUGAUUUAGGCUCCACAUCAUAUCUAGCUGUAAUACUGUCAGGGUUGAACACCCAAUGAGUGUUUCCUUUUUAAAUACUACAGUUGCCAGUAGCAGGAAAUGUUCUCUCAUGUCCUGCAUUUCUUUGUUUUACUUUUACCUGGUCUUGAUUGAUAGUGGUUUAGCACACACUAGUGUUAGCAGUUAAACCUCAUAUAAACACUCCAUAAACCACAAGUCCAAUCAUUUUUAUUAUGGUGAUUUUUUAUCAUUAUAUAGAUUCAGGAUACGUUUUGUACAAUACUCUCGUCUUUGAUCAUUUCUGCUGGAGUGAUCAGUCACCAGAUAAAGCUCACUGGACUUAUUACAAUUUGACAAAAUCAGAAUUGCUGGUUUUUCAGGUGGAAACAAUUUAGUCUUAAUUUUAACUUGUGCAAAAGGUUUGUAGGACCGCCAUUUCCCCAGUUGCACAACCAAAAGAAGUGUUGGAAUUUGUGUGUGAGAGAGCAUUAAGCACUGUUAUUGAUUUAAAUUGGAUACUAAAAGUUCAUGGGAAGAUGGCCUCCGUAGCCCCAGGGCUACUGAAUGAAUUCUGGAGCAGUUAAUUCAAUUAGCCUUCUUUUGUUUAUAUAUUUUUUUUUUCCAGCAACCUAUGCUUUUCAAAGGUUAGGCACACCAUUGCUGUCAUUUGAAAUAUGCACUGCUCAUUCCUGAGAUGGGCUGGGCUUUUGGCCCAGCUGUGCUCUGUUUUUGUUUUUCACUUAAUGUCAAAACUCAGAAGUCUGGUUCCUCAUAGAGACCUAGCUGCCAUCUCACCAUUUAAAGCCGUUGUAAGCUCAGUAGCAGUAUGUAAACUCUGCAAUAUAGUCCAGUUCAUCUGGGGAUUGCAAUAAAAGUGCACUGUUAAAUGUGUGAUUUCAUCUGCUGUUGGAGGUUAUAGUGGAAGGUCUGCUGCAAGCUAAAAAUGUUACUCUUGCAUAGAGUUUUACUGUUCAGAGAGGUUUAACCUUUUGCGGUUUGUCUUUAUUUAAGUGGUGUAUGAGUUGAGUUUUAUUGCAGUGCACAUGGAGUGCUCAUUUACUCACCUCAAUAUUUUGUGUGUGUCUGUUUAAGUGGAUGACAAUCGUGCAGCAGAAGAAUGGUGUGCCUACCCUUGAAUGCUGCAGUUGAAAAAGAGAACUUGUCUUGCAUCAGUUCAGACUGUAGGCUAAGAAUUGUAAAUAGAUAGUGAAAAGUGAAGUACUCUUAUUAUUUACUUUGGUUAGAAAGUGAAUUUUAAAAAACAAACCAAACGCUUAUCUUUCUCAGAUUAAAUGUCCUGAGACCUGAAGAUUGUAAUAUUCAUGUCUGCGAAGCUUUUAAACAUUACACUUGAGAUCUGUGAUCAUUUAAUAUUCAGGUAAUCUUUCUUUUCUGAGAAGCUUUUGAACAACCACAUUUCCUCCAAAGGUCUCUGUUUAAAAAGAAAAAAGGAAAAAAAAAAGUGUAGAUUAUUUUUUAAGCACUAAUUGCAUUACAUUGGUAACUGCAAUAUAAAAUAGCCAUUAUCGUUUUGUGAAGCAUGGUUGAGAUUAGUUAGUGGUCCCUUUUAAAAUUUCAUGAGCCUCUCAAAAAAAUAAAAACAAUUAAAAAAAAAAAGCUGCUGAAUAUUCAAAAGAUAUAUAUUUUACCUUAUUGUAGGUUUUGUAAAUUUAGUCUGUAAUAUUCAGGUGCACCUUUUAAUGUUAAAUUUUGUUUCAAAGUCCCAUCUAACGUAUUUUCUCUGAGGUGAUUGAUCACAUGACUGGUAUCGCUCUAGUGCUGCAGUGAUCCACUGAUGUUCAAUUUCUUUCCUUCACUACAUAUUCUUUACAGGGGCUUUCAGUGUAGCUAUCUUCGUAGUAUUUGGGAUCAUUUAAAAUAUAUAAUUGGAAUUAAUGUUUGUCCAUUAGCAUGCUUAAUUUUCUGCUGACUAGCAGUUUGCAUGGCCAGAAUUCCCAGCUGACCAUAUUUUGGUGUGGGAAGAUGUGGUGGUUCACUGCUGUCUUUAUAACAAAGACUUUGUUUCUCAUGUUAUUUCUGAUAAGUGGAUGCUUAUGUUAUUUGGAUCAGUUGGACAGGAGAUAGGGCUUAGACCUUGCUCCUCCUGGUGCUUUUGUGGGAGCACAAUGUUAACUGAACACAGACAAACUGCUACCCUGUGAAAAUCAGGGUGUCUGUAGGAGGCGGCCUUUCAGGUAUUUUCAGUCACUAGUUUUCUCUUGUUCCCAAGGGUAACCAUCAGAUAUAGUCAUUGAAUUCAGCAGUAUUGUUGUAUAGCACACUGAUGAUGUAGUUUUCACUUAGCUGAAAGAGGCUGAUGACAGCAAGAAACUGUGAAUCAUAUCUGUGGCAGUCUCUGAAAACUAGUUUUUCAGUCCAACUAUCAUGAAGGAGAAUCCCUCUCCCUAUUCCCAUCCUAGAAAAGUAAUGUUAUAUUUUGUGUGUAUAAAGUUUUAAGAAUCAGUUUUCAUAUUGUACUGAAGUUUAGAUGUUGCUUGGUAAAUCUUUGCUGCAGCAUAUGAUGAAGAUGUGGUAGGGGUCCUGGUGUGGAGUUAAUUAUCGUACAGUUCUGAUGAGCAAGCCCGACAUGUAUGAAAUGUAUCCGUUUUUUAUUUGGACCUGUAAAAUGUAAAAGUGCUUUUUUAGAACUCUAGUGACCUAUUACAAAUUAUUACCUCACUUUCAGCCCGUUGGAUCCUCUUUCCACAAUGUAGUAGGCAUUCUUAUUGUGGCUGUUACACUUGACUCCAGCUAUAAAGAAUGGAACAUUCCAAUUAUAUAUUGUAGAGGCAUGUAGUAUUUGGGCUUAUUUUAUUUCUGGUCUAGAGAGAAGGUCCUCAGAGCCCCAUGCAGUCCAUUAAAAGCUCAAGUCACAGCUUUCUUUGGAAUCACUCCUUGUUAAUUCUGCAUUAGUCAGAUGAAGUUCCUAAAUAGCAACACACAAAAUGUGCUCUUCUCGCUGGCCCCAGGACCCAAACUUUGACUGGCCCAUGCUGCCUGCCACUAAACCUGAAGUCCAGCCCUGAUAUUUCCCAUUUCAGAACAGAAAUGAUUCUUAAUAAAUGUAUAUGAUUGGUGCCUCUUGCGUGGUAACAAAUUCAGCUGCUCAGUCUUGAUGUAACUAUUAUGUACCCUUUUGUUAGUGGUUCUUUCCUGUGUCACAUGCCUGAGGACACUCCUGUCACACAAGAGGUAGCUGCACAUAUACAUUUAGAUUGUUCAGUAGCAGACAAAGUGACUUUUGCCAGUGGUCCUGAAACAGUUUUUAUGGUAGGGGUGCUGAACAUGGAAACCAUGUAUUUGGGCUCUUAUUACUACUGCAAGCCAGGGGGUGUGGCUGCACCCCGAAACCCUUAGUUCCAGCGCUUAUGGUUUGUGCUGUGUUUCAUGGCAGAUCUGCAUUUAAAAGAGUCUGUAAACAUUUCUUUCAGGGGAGUGCUAAAGAGUAGGUUGGCUUCCUAAAGAAAUUGUUUAGGGUUUUGUGAAGAUAACUGUCAAAAUGAUCCCCCAGUCCUGGGGUUUACUAAACUCUGUACAAGCCGUAAUAACUUAUUUGUUCAUAUCAAAUUGUUUUUCAAACUGUACUGAAAAGGAUAGUUAUACUUGUGUCAGAAGGAGGGCAAAUUCCCAAGUCUUUCUCUUCAGUUUCUUUAGGAUUAAUUCUCUCUUCUUGGCUGUCUUCGAGUUUUAGGAGUGGUAGAUGAAUGUGGCCUGUGAGUGAAGGGAAUGCUGUGCAAUUCCUUUGUCUUACCCAAAAUGCAGUGUUACCAGAACUAUAACAUGGAGCGGUCUUUGUUUUGUUUAAAUAAAGACAGACGCUUAAUGCUUUGGUUUAAAGAUGAUGUACACUAGCUGCAAGUCCAAACUGUAUGAAGGAGAAUUUAUUACACUGUACAGAAAGCUUUAUUUGUCACAAAAUGAGUUUUGUUUUAAAUUCUCUGCCAAAACAUAGUGGUAACAUUGGUAUGUUGCCUGCAUUUUCAUGAGGAUCAGGAAUAUCUAUCCUUAAUAGAAAUUUCAGCAGUGAGAUUUAUGCUGGUUUAAGUAGACCCACCUUUUUUCCCCCAAAUAAGAUUAUAUUGACUAAUGCUAGUAUACAAAUUAUAUCUAUCAAAUUCUCUUUCUGUGACUAGUUUUGGUACUGUUAAGGUUUCCACUGCUUUCGAAUUGUACUGAAAACUUGAAAUUAGAUCCUGCAGAAUCUUAAACGUAUGCACUGUUAGUUAGUUGCAAGUUCAUUUGGAACUAUCAUAUAUUGUAAUCAUUAUAUUUACUCUUUAAGUAUGUAAUAUAUAAUCGAAUUUUUCAUCAUACCUUGAUGAUCGCUAAACAGAAAUAUUGUAGAUACAAAAAAUGAUCCACAGGUACACUACACAUAUACCAAAAAAACCCACAAGCAGUCACAUGCAUACAUUCCAACAUCUGUCUUUCACAGAUUCGGGGUUUGACUUAGGCAAAAUCUGUGUACCAGUAUCACAGCCGUUUUGGUUUUCAUGUCCUACAAAAUUAUACCCAUACUCAGGUAAUGUCCUGAAAACAUUCAUUUUAGAAUAGCCUUAUAGUAGCCUCAUGAAAAUUGCCUAACCCAGUUGCAAAAUCGAUUUCCCCACCCUUUUUACAACGAUUAAGGAUUUUUAAAAGUUCUGUCCAGAAAAUUUCAUUCUCUUUCUAAAAAUAUAUUUUACUUGUCCGUAUUGAAUGGGUGAGUAGAAUUUAGCAAAAUUCUUAAGAUAAUAUAUUUGCAGAUAUGUCUGUCUGGGUGAAUAUGAUGAUGGCUGGGGUUAGGAUACAGACAGGUCCAUCAGAAGAGAAUUUUCUGUGGUCACUAGCCAAAUGAAAUCAGAUCUAGAUAUUUUAUCCGCCCUAAAAUAAUGAAGACACCACUAGAGUUACUAAUACAGUUUAUCAAAUACUUGGUGCUACAUCUCAAAUGUUUUUGCAGGUGAUAUUUUUAUGCUUGGUGGACGCAAAUACAGUAAACUUUACAGUCAUUCUAAAAGCACUUGUCUGACCUAUUGUACAAUACCGGAAAAGGGAUACUUCAGCACUUUUUUGUGUUAUAUACUAAAGUCUUAAUUUAUCUGGUCUUCAGAGUCUUAGAUACUGUAAAUGUUACAAUCUAGGAUUAUUAUUAACCACUUUUCAUGUCAGAUCACAAGUUCUCUUGAGAUAUUAAUCUGUCUUUAAAUAAUCCUACUACAAUAUUUUAUAAUGUUCAGGCAACUUCUAAAUGUACAUGCUUGAUAUUUUAACAAAUCAUUUCCACAGAUCAUUUCAGGGCUUGAGAUUUGGAAUCUGGGGUAAUGGAGAGGGAGGAGGGAAAUUUCCCAAAACGAAAAAUCAUUUUAAACCAUUUGUGUAGUGUUCAGUUUGAAAAAUAUAUCACUAGAAAAAUGGGUAGGGAUUGGUUCUCCCUUACACCUUCAGGGAAUGAGCAGUGUUUAGAAUCUUUUGGCUGAAAUUCAAGCCUUUUUACCAUGUAAAUUUUUAAUAUAAACUCACUAACAUGAUUUUUACGUCUGAGGACUGAAAAUGGAUCUUAAUGUUUAAGUUGUGGAAUGGUCUAUUUCUUAAAUGAAGGAGGAACAUUUAAAAAAAACUAACUAGGUUAGAAUACCAGCAUUUUUGUGCUUAAGGAAUUUUAGUAUGUAAUAGCAAAGUAUUUGAUUAAAAACCUAAUCUUUAAUUGCUAGUCUGUAAUUAGGUGCAUUCUAAUUUAGCAGUUGACUAUUCUUUACUUAUUGAUAUGUGAUGGGCUUUUUGCAAAUAGAAACCUUUAUCUGAGUCCCAUGUGUUGCUUGUACUGAUGGGAUGUAUGCUUACAGCAGCUUAUUGCUGCUUUAAAAAAUGUAUCAAAUAUGUUUGGAGUGUUUGCUCAUAACUCUUUCUAACCUUCACUUGUUAAAUUGUCAGACAUUGGUAUUUGAUCAGUCCGCAAUGUAAGUUAAACUAAUGUUCUUAGGAAUCCAGCUUGUACACACUGUUUAAAAACCCUCAGGGACAGUUUACACACUAUCCUCACUCAAUUCAGGUACUUGUACUCUAUUCUUAAACCUAGCAGUGACUUGUAUUUUGUUUUGCUUUUCUUUUGAUGUGCUGAUAGCACAUCUUUGAUGAAUGUCAACUUAAAACUCAGUUCAGGUAUCCAGGUAUAACUCAGCCAAACGGAUUUUAAAGCUGCAUAUUACUCUCCAGCACACAGUGCCUCAGACACUUAUAGUGGCAUUCUGUAUAUUCAGUUACUACUGAGCAGAUCGCAUGGGGGUUCCUGUUAACAAUGUAUUGUAAGAAAUUUCUCUCUAUAUUAUAUAAUAUGUAUUAUAUUCUAUACAUAUAUAUUAUAUAUGUAAUCUUAGACGUAUGUAUUUUAAAAUGCCACUACUAGCCAGUGCAGCUAAAGUAAAAUACAUUCCCAGCUGCUUCUGUAAACUCUGCAGAAGCAUUUCCUUAAUGUGGCUCUUGCUGCUCUUUCACCAUAACUACUUCUAAAUUCAAGCACCGGCCCUUGGGUGUCUGACCUCUACAUUCUAGUUAUGCAAUGUCUUUAGAGAAUUCUGUGCACUGGCCACUGUGAUGGAAACCAACGGGCCAGAAGUGCUUUGAGUUUAUUAGUAAUUGUUCUGCCAAAGUCGGUGUUGUAUGACAAGCAUGUAAACCUGUCAGAUAAUCAGCAGAGGUACAAGUCUGUAAUAGUCUGUCUAAUCACUACCGCAUAAUUGGAAAGACACAGCCCCUGACAGGUGUUUCUUUUCUAAUGCUGAGCACUAAUUUAGAAUGUGUUGGCACUUAACAGCUGUAGUGAUGGGCCUGUCUGCUGUAUCUGCACUGGGGGUGAAAUUUUAAGAAAAAAAUCUGCUUCUCUGCACCUGUAGUAAUCUGUCUGCAGUUGCAAGUCAGCAACACCUCUGCUUUAUUAUUUGAUACUUUACAUCUGAAAAGAGUUCUCUUUCUAUUUAUGUGACCCGUCGUCUUUGACGAGUAUGGAAAAUGGCAUUUCUCUCUGACUUCUAGAAGUUCAAGUGUCAUGGGAAAAAAAACAGGAACCCCCCCUUUACUCUUAUGGACCUCAUUUCAAUAUACUGUUUACAGUUUGACGGAAUUGUAUAAUUUAAUAGUUCUCUUGUACUGUAGUUUAUAUUUAUUUACAGAUUUUUUGUACUGUGUGAUUUGAACUUUUGUUCCUUGCUAUGAUCAACGUUUAUGUAGUAGAGCACUUAUGAUCACAAAUUAAGGGUUUUGGUUUGAUUGCACUACAUUAAUUUUUUUUAAUGCAGUUCUGAUUUUUUGACUGGACUAAAUAAGCUGUGUCUUAAUGUAUGUGAUAAGUACUUUUAAAUUUUUAAUUCAUGUGGUCCAUUUAUUUUUUUUGCAUUGUAUGUCAGAAGCGCUAAUUCUCUUGUUGUGCAUGUGUAAGAUUUAAAGGCUCCAUUGUAUUAUUUGACCAUGUCAUUUUGGAAACACAUUCCCAGCUGUAAUGUUGUGUAUGGUAGUUUUCACUGGAUGCUAGACUUUUCAAAACCACUAUUCUUCUAAUAAAUUUUGUUGUGAAAAACU